GUAAGGCUCGUGCCCGAGACUCGACGACGUCAGGCAGUCGUUUGCCUGCAACCUCUACAAACUCACUUGCAUCAAACUUGAAAAGCAAUGCAUUUCCCUGUUUGGCUGUAGCUAGAAGUGUCGUCUCAAAAUCGGCCAUUCAUUUUAAAGGUGAUCACCAGUAAACGUAAAUACACCCAGGCAAAACCCACUUCAGUGAUGAAAUCAUUCUCAUAAAGUAAUUCUCCUGACCUCAUCCCUGGUCCUGCUGGCAACAACCAUCACAAAAUGUCUUCUUUGGAGAGGAAGCGUGAGAAACACAGCCCUUUCACCCUGAACCCUGACCCUCGGAGGAAGACCAGCGCAGAGAUCGUCACCGAGGCUAGGCACUCUCUGAGGACCCUGCGCACCCAGCGACCUUUUACCCCUCGAGACAACCACAGACAGUUGUUUGGAGAGACCUCUCGAACCCAAGACAGUCGACCUCCCUCUACAUUCAGCCUCUACGCUCGGAACUUUGAAGUGCCAGACUCCAGACCGGGUUCUGGAACUCGCCUGUCUCCUCUGGAACAUAAGCCCAGGUUGCCAGUGGCCCAGGAUGAGGACCCAGAUCCCGUCAGCCCCAUGGCCCUCCCCAACCCCCCCUCUGACCCCCUGGAGCUGAAGAGGGGGGCGGUGGGUGCGAGGGCACGCCUUUUUAGAGCUGGCUCUCUGACAACACUCCCACCUGUGGCACGGCCAACAGAAGGAAGUCUAAGAAGGGAGAGACAAAAUUGCAAAAGCGAUGGAGAGAUUGGAGUAAGGGAGAGUGUAAAUUCAGUCUCCAGCCCAGAGCAGAGAGAGCUGUCAGCUAAGGGAAGAGGCAUGAGAGCCCUUUAUGUUGAGCCUACUGAUCGAGAGAGGAGAGACAAGGAUAGUGGAGGACCCUCAAAACCUGCCCCACCCAGGACCAAUAGUGUAAGUGGACUCAGGUUCCAUGGUGGUGUUGACUCAUCUAUUAGACCAGGCGAAGGAACAGGAGCAGGAGCCGGGGCCAGAACAGAGUUAGGAACAGAGUUAUGCAACGGAGACAGACCAGCCAGCCAGGAGGCUGAGGACGAAUCAGUGGUGUGGAAUGUUAAGAUUUUCCCUCUGUUGCAAGAGCUGGAGUCCAUCGCUGCAGGUGGAUCCGAGGAUGCCGUGGAGCGGCUGUGUGACGCGUGUGACUGUCUCCAUGGCGCCCUGGCAGAGCAAGGCAUGCUGGGCCGGCGUUGCAGGAAGAGAGCGGGACUUCUUAGGGCGCUGUUCUGCCUCAUCGACCUCAAUUCCGCACAACUCAACCUGCAGCUCGCCAAACUCACCCUAGAGCUGAACGUCAGUGGAAAAAAUCUGCUGAACAUCUGUAAACUCAUCUUCAAGAUCAGCCGCAGUGAGAGCAAUGAUAUCCUCUUCCAGAACAACUCCAUCAUAGAUUCGCUGCUGUGUAUGCUGCGCUGUGAGGAUGUGUGUGUGUCUGGGGAGGCUGUGUUGUACUGUGUGGGCACUCUGAAGUUCCUCUCAGGGAACUCUGCCCUCCUCAGGCUCCUAUUGGCCAAGGACUGUGUGGGUGUGGCCACCCUGCUCAUACAGAAGCUCCACCCACUGUCCCAACCUGACCACACUCAGUUCACCAUCGGAGGACACAUCCAUGUACAGUUGACAGCAACCCUGAGGAACCUGGCUGACCUCCCCGAGUCCCGCCCCCUUUUCAUCUCCCACGGCACCCUGGCAGAACUGUGCCUGGUGCUGCGCCAUCACCACGGAGACCAGGACAUCUGCACCAACAUUGCCAGGGUGUUCAGUAAACUGUCCUCCUACUCUGAGUGCUGCCUGGUUCUGGCCCAGACCCCGGGCUGCUACACACUAUUUAUAGAACUGUUGAGCAAACACCAGUGGAAACAGGACCUGGUGGUGCGUCUGCUCUUCACUCUGGGUAACCUAACGUCUCGGAGCAGUGAGGCCAGAAAGCACCUCUUCACGGCUGAGGGAUGUAUGUCCGUGCUCCUGGGGCUCUACCACACCUACCACGGGAGGUGGGACCCACCGCCCGCACACACACCCCGCACACCUCCAGCCAGGGACACCUGUAACCCCUGCACCCCUUUCUUGGGAUGGUGGGAGAGCAAGGACGUGCUGGUGAAGCUGGUCAGGGUACUGGCUAAUAUGUCCAUCCACCCUGCAGUGGGACCGACCCUGGCAGCUAACACAGACCUAAUACAUUACCUGCUGAACACACUGGAGCUCAGGUCCAUGCAGGAAAGUGAGGAGCUUCUGGUGAACGUGGCUGCCACCAUCAACAACCUGUCCUUUUAUCAGGAAGACAGCUCAGUGGUCAGAAACAGAGGACUCACUGUUGCCAAGUUGUUGUUGAAGCUGCUCCUCAGCUCCAGUAUUGAUGGGAUGCUGGAGGCCACGCAUGUGUUUGGCAACCUGUCCCAGUCCAGGGAGGUUUGUGACUUCAUCAUACAAAACAACGUGUACCAAUUUAUGGUGACUUUGUUGGACUCUAAGAGCCCAGAUGUGUGUUUCUCAGCCUGUGGGGUCCUCACUAACCUGGCCCUGAACCCCCCCAGCAGAACCACCCUCACACAGGAGGGAGCACACACCAAGCUGGCAGACUGUCUGAGGGACUUUGGGCCAGUGGACUGGCAGCUGGCUGGCCUGGUGUGUCAGACCCUGUGGAACCUCACUGAGGAGGGGGGGACUGAGACAGUGAUGAACAACCAGGAAAGAGAGGCACUGCUAGAGGUCCUAACACUAUACCUAAACGAGGAGGACGCGCUGCAGUGGACCUCUGGUGAUGACAUGAGGGACUUCCACCGAUUAUGCUGGGAGUUGGAGUUCCUGCCUGUGGCUAAGCGGCUGAGGGACAGGAUCCAGACUCAGACUGACUAACAUGACUAUCUUCUUACUCUGAUUGUCACAAAUGGCGCCCUGUUACCUGUAUAGUUCACUGACUUUGACCAGGGUCCAUAGACUCUGGUCUAAAGUAGUGCACUAUAUAGCGAAUAAGGUGCCAUUUGAGAUGCACAAUGUCUCACUCCCUAGUGUGACCUCUUUGCAAUGUCCUCUCCUUUCUCCUUGUUGUGCCUUGCUAUACUGACACCUCUCUAAAGUCACUCUAUGCUACUACCACUCUUCAGCUACUACCCCUCUCACUAAUUAUAUGCAUAAGUAUUUAGUUAUAGGCUAUAGGUCUAAUUUUUUUCCUGGUUAAGUCACAUGAUCAUGAAAAACUCCAGGCCCAUACCCAAGACCUACUGAAUGUCUACCUGACAUGUAUGACAAACUGUUUACACUUUAAAUAACAGAAAUUAUCAUUUUUAGGUUGUAUCUUAUGUAUACUGUAAAUGGUUGUGAUUUUGUCAUAAGCUACUCUUGUUAACAUACGAGUAGAAUUGUAAUUUGUCUCUGUGGUGAUAAAGUAAAUGUUUCUCCUUAUGGCUGGUUAAGACAUUGUUAGGCCUAGAUUUAAUCAGAUCAAGCGUUAACCGGCGAUAUCGACACCCACGUAGCUGAUGUUUUUGCGGUGUCGGAGGUGCAACUGCGUUGAAGUUGUCUAAGCAGCUGCUCCUGAUCAAUGUUGCGAAGCCACACCCAUUAGAAGUUCAGAACAAGAAAGUAUAGGCUAUAUGGAACUAAUGACGCAUAAAUUGAUUCGAUUAAAUGAGGAUUUAUAUCUCACAUUCCGGUUUUUGAACUUUAUAUUUACAAGGCUGCAUGAGAUUUCUCUUAAUUCGACUCCGUGUAGCUCUCGUGUCUCCCAUUUUUUAUGUUGCGUUACCGCGCUUUGAAAUGAACAGCUCUAAGUUGAAUAAAAUAAUAUUAUGUCGGCUAAAGUGGAUCUGGUCGAAUAGAGCCCUAAAUCUGUGAACCGCUGUACACAAACAAAACAGAAAAGUAUUGUA